AUGUUCAUCAUAGUCAUCUUGGGGAACUUCACCAUCCUGUUCAUCGUGAAGAUAGAGACGAGCCUCCACGAGCCCAUGUACUAUUUCCUCUGCAUGCUGGCCAUCACUGACCUGGUCUUGACCUCAUCUGCCCUGCCCAAAAUGCUGGCCAUCUUCUGGUUCAAUUCCAAGGAGAUAGACUUCAAUGCCUGCCUCACCCAGAUGUACUUCAUUCACUGCUUCUCAGCAAUCGAGUCUGGGAUAUUGGCAGCCAUGGCUUUUGAUCGCUAUGUGGCCAUCUGCCAUCCUUUAAGACAUUCCGCCAUCCUGACAAACAGUUUGGUGGCCAAAAUUGGCCUGGCCGUGGUGCUACGCAGUGGCAUAGUCACACUGCCCUAUCCCUUACUAACGAGGAGAUGGCCAUAUUGCAGAACCAAAGUCAUCUCUGAGCCAUAUUGUGUACAAAUGGCCGUAGUUAAACUGGCUUGUGCCGACACCCGUGUCAAUAGCUACUUCGGCCUCUUUGUGAUGUUCUUUGUCAUGGGUCUGGAUGGGAUUUUCAUUGCCAUCUCCUAUUUGCAGAUCCUUAGAGCCAUCUUCAGCCUCCCCACAAAGGACGCCCGACAAAAGACACUUUUGACCUGUGGCUCACAUCUCUGCGCCAUCAUAAUCUUUUAUAUCCCAAGUGCCUUCUCCUCCCUCAUCUACCGUUUUGGACAGAAUUUUCCCCAGCAUGUCCAAGUUCUUAUUGCCAACAUACACUUCCUGCUGCCCCCCAUGCUCAACCCCAUCCUCUAUGGGGUAAAGACCAAACAGAUCCGGAGCAGGCUGCACUGGCUUGUUACUCGUAAAUAG